UAAGAGGAGAUGAAGGUUCAGACUUCAAGUUAUUUCAAGAGCUUUGUCUGACGAGAAGCAAAGUAGAAACUUUCAAAAUCCUAAGACUUUUCGGAGUUAAAAAAAAAACCCUGGUAAGUGGGGUCAAGACACUUCAAAGAUGAAGACUACCUUCUACCCAACACAUCUGGUCGACAACUGCUCAAAGGGGGAGUUGUUCCUUUCAAGUUUGAUUGGUCAUCCAACUUCAGAGCACCAAGAAAGAUAAUUCGACAUGUCGAGAGGUAUUGAUGAUCUAUUAGAUACCCAAACAGAUGAGAGUGAUGAUGAACAUGAAAGUCAAUCAGAAGUUAGCCCAACCAUAGACAGCAUGCACUCAGAAAUUCAGUCCAUCAUGGCACAGCCACUGGCUAUGCAGAAACAGCUACUGAAAAGAAGAGAUGAAACUAAAGCAGCUCAAGAGGAAGUAAAAGCGGUAAAAACCCAAGCUGCAAUAGAGGUUGAAGAAAUAAAAAGGCAAGCAGCUGAACAGUUGGCACUCAAUAAAUUUGGACCAGAGAGAUUUGGCACAAAUAAUGAUUCAAUAAAAUUUUACACCAGCUUCCCAUCAUAUGAACAUAUUCAGCUCUCUUUUCAGUUUGUUCAUCCAAGUGCUGAAAUGAUGACUGUUAUGCUGUUAUGCUUCUGGG